GCGGGCACGCAGCACUCCGUUCACGCGAUGUCUAGAACGUUUGCGUUGAAGAUCGUCCUUUCAGAGUCGACACUACGAUAUUAACAGCAGAGCCUCUAGUAGCAGCGAACGCAGGUGGGGUUUAUGACACCACGGAGAGAGCACGGUAGAGGCGCGCCGUUGCCAGCGCCGGAGGACCACCGUGUGCGGCGACCUGACCACGCAGCGUUCGUGGGCGCCGUGGGUCUGAUCGCGGCUGCCGUGUGCGUCGCCGUGCCGAUCGGGUUGCGCCUGAGCCUGGUACGCUGCAAGGGCAGCGAGUGCCUGUCGCUAGAGCGGGACAUGAAGCGCGCCAUGGAUCCCGGUGCAGACCCGUGCAGCAACUUCUACCAGCACGUCUGUGGCCGAUGGGUCAGUGGAAAGACGGACUUCGCAUAUGUCACCUACAAGUACAGGAACUCCCGGGACAAGGAUCUGAUGCACGAACUGGUGACGGGCGUCUCGCUGACUCCGAAUCGCCAUCAGACCACCCGUGAUAAGCUGGCCCUACUGUACCUCAGCUGCCACGCAGAAGUUAACAACGAGGAGUCCAUUGGCGAUUUCCUACGUGUCCUUGGACUCACCUGGCCGAAGCGCUCUCACUCAAGUGCCUUCGAGGUUCUGGACAUUAUGGCGGUGGCGUCUCUGGAUUACGGCUUCUCGCUUGUCUGGACAUUCGCGAUAGGCCGACACCCACGCAGGCGCCGACAGAGCGUGAUUUAUGUGAUGCACGACUCAGGCUUGUUCGUAUGGAACGCGAUAACCUCUGAUCUGGCGAACGAAGACAAGCUUCCGGACUUUCUGCGCCUCUGUGCUGAACGCGUCGGUGCCACCGGGCAGUCCUACGACUCUAUGAUCCACGACGUCGUCAGCACGCACGAGGCAAUAAUGCACAUUAUGAGGAACGAAUACGCGGUCACCUACAUACCCGAGUACAUGAACUACAGCAACGCAGACCUGAGAAGGGCCGUAAAUCGCCACCUGCCUGACCGAUCACAGGAAUGGUCACCGGACAUUUUGGUGUGCCUGCAGCUCGAGCAGUUCUCCCACUUCCUCGACGAGCUACGCAGUCCGGAGAAAGCCGCUAGCUUAAAGCUUUACCUAGGCGCGUACCUGGUCUUUAAGAUGAUGACCUUUGCGUCGCGACGCUUAACGCACGCUAUGAUGAAAGAAAAAGGCAAGCUUUCCCAAAUGGACCGGUACGUGAGGGCGCAGUGCACGGACCUGAUCGACACUGCCUUGCCCCUGUCUGCCCGGAAGUUCCAGCAGGACAAGAUUGACAGCGCAUCGCGACUUGCCAUCUUCAACAUCUACGCCCACGUGCUCCGAGCGCUCGUGGACGUCGUCGCCGGCCACGACACCGAUAUCGCCUCCAGUAUAGACGAAUAUGCGCACACGCUAUCCCUCGGUGCCUUCAACUUGACCAUCAGGCAAGAGCAGCUAGAGGCGCUCUACGCGUUCGUACCUCAGCUAAAAAUCGAAAAACUGCGGUCAUUUCUGGACCUGUACACCACGGCGAUGGACUCUACACUAACGGUGCUUAAGGAUUCCACGAACGUCCACAGGGGGAACCUCGCGCAUGUUCCACACUUGGCAACCAAUCCCGUCUACCGCCUUCUAGUGGCACGCGAGAUAGCGAUCCCGCCGUAUGCGUUAUUGUGGCCUGUGUUCCACCGCGAAUAUCCCGCAGCAGUGAACAUGGGGUUGCUUGGAACUUUCAUCGCUCGAGGUCUGGUGGACAUGGUGUUUUACAUGUUCUUCCAGGAUAAGGACUUCCAGCCCCUGCCUCGGGCCCAGGUGAAGUUUCCACCUGCGCUGCUGGACUUUAUCGAACGCCUUAGGCGAAGUCUUAAAUACAGCCUGAAGAGCUUAAAAAAUGGGACAACGUCGAGGAGGGACAUCGAGGAGCUGAUAAAGCAAGUCAUCGCCGGACACCUGGUGAGCAGAGCUCUUGCCACAGUGUCGUCGCCGAAGCCCACCGCGUACUUCUCAGCGCUGCCCGCAGAACGGCUCUUGUACAUGGCCACCUGCUUCAGAUACUGCCAAAUGACACCGAAAUUGAGAAGCUUCGCCGCCUGCAACGUGGUUGUGCCGCACCUUCCCGGGUUUGCGCGGGCGUUCGGUUGCAACGUUACGUCGGGCUCCGCGUACUCCUUGGGUGACAUUCCUGAAGCAGCGCCGAAGGACGAGGACGUUGCACGCGGCACUACUGAAUAUGUAACGGUUUAAUACCCCUAUCCGAAGGCCACAUGGAACAGGAGUUGAUCCUUUUA